AUGGAAAAGUUUCAAGUGCUGCUGAACUGCAUUGAUCACUACCAGUCGAUACCUACAGCUUUGGACCCUGAGCUUCCUCUCAGUGAUGGUACCGCUCCGAAAGAUGCACGUCCAAAGGUCCCCGUCAUCCGAGUUUUCGGGGCGACGGAAACGGGACAAAAGGUGUGCGCUCACAUCCAUGGCGCAUUCCCAUACCUGUAUAUCGAAUAUCAGGGUAGCUUGAAUCCGAAAGAAGUCAACACUGCCAUUCGCACCCUUCACAUGUCCGUCGAUCAUGCACUGGCAGUUAGCUAUCGCCGAAAUGCCUAUGAAAGGAAAAUCUCCUAUGUCGCCCACAUCACCCUCGUCAAGGGUGUUCCGUUCUAUGGGUAUCAUGUUGGAUACAGGUUCUUCCUCAAGAUAUACCUGUUCAACCCCAUGCAUAUGAAUCGCCUUGCAGACCUGCUGAGACAAGGUGCUGUAAUGAAACGCGUCCUUCAACCUUAUGAGAGCCAUCUGCAGUAUUUGGCGCAAUGGAUGUGCGACUACAAUUUAUACGGUUGCGCAUACCUUAAGAGCAGCAAGGUUAUGUUCCGUGCGCCGAUACCAAUUUACUCUGAAAACCUCACUCAUCGUUGGCAUGAUCGGUCAAUUCCACCGGGAUCGGUCUCCGAUAUUUCGACAUUACCACGACAGAGUCAUUGUGAUUUAGAAGUUGACAUCCAUGUUCAGGAUAUUGUAAAUCGCCUUGAGGUCAAGGAGCGGCCAAUACAUCACGACUUUGUAGAGAUGCUUCAACCGGUGCUGCCGGACAAGAAACUCGUUCCUAGUUUGGCUGGGUUGUGGGAAGAAGAAGCCCGAAGGAGGAGGGAUAAGCGUAAUGAUGUGGAGAGCAGCCCUUUCCGUCCUGAUGAGCUAGUUUCGAUGUCUGCAGAUCCUAGGAAUAAUGGGCGUGGUGGUUGGGUUCAUGAGGAGGAAUAUAAAGGAAAGGUGGAAGCCAUUGCAAAUGCGGAACAUCUUGGGCGAAAGCCUGCCUUUACGGAUUUCGUGCCUACGACACCCUUUGAAGCUGCGGUUAUAUCUGCUUUGAGUAGUGUUGAAGACCUGUUUCCUGAGAACUUGAAAGCGGCGCAAUCUGAGGAUUUAGGGUUAGACGAUGUCGAAGCAGACGAGUCCCAAGCGCAUGUCGAAGUCGACGAGAGCCUCAUUACUCUUCCUAAUCUGGAAAACAUCUUCUACGAUUCGGAUGAUGACGCGAACGAGUCUUUUUUACAUGAGCAAGAAGCUGAGAUUGCAAGUGACGAAGUGGAGCCCAAACCUAGAGAGGAUCCUGCCGAUCCGCUAGACCUUAACAACGAAAGUGGCUCAGGUGCGAUAAUUAAUGCUGUUGAAGAAGAAACAACCCUGUCGAAGCUGGAAAGCGUUGGGGUUCGGCCGUUGACUGGCUCGAUUAAUAGCCAAGAGGAUGCAUUUGAGAUCGAAGAGGAGUUUAUUAGCAAUAUAAAGCCCCCUGCUAAAACAUCAAAACGCCCGUUUUCAUCUGGACUUCACGCAGAUGCUAGGAAUAAACGGCUUAAACUCAGCUACGAUAACAACAUACCGGUAAUACACGAUGUGGUUGGUCACAACGGAACGGGCAGGUCCUUGCUGAGAGCUCUCCCCAUAGCUGAAUCAACAGAGGCAGAGCUCACGACAGUUACUCCUGCCCCUGUAACUCAGCCGAAAUCUUCCCAAAAGUCUGCCGGAAAGAAUUCCAAAAAUCAACGAAUCUCCUUCCAUGUUGUCAAGGAUCCUCACAAUCCUGCAACUACAGCAAGAUUGAGCCAACAGGGUGAUGUAUCGCACAAAUUAGACUCACAGAUUCCAAAACAAGGUUCGAGUCAACCGGCCCAAACAUUCAAAUCGGAAAAUACACGCCGCACAAGUGACGAUUCUUGCAAGUUAAAACAACCAGGGAUGCCUCCAUCCCCCGUUUUGAAGGUGCAGCGAUGUCUAUACCAAUCGUUCAAUAUACCGCCAGAAGGUAAACUUUAUAGUUUCGUUCCUCAAUGCCCUUCUCCUUCAGAAGUUCUAGCGACUAUGAACGACGAUGGCCGGCCAUCUAUUAUCUACCAGGGACCUCAUUAUAGCAACGAGGAAGAUGUCCCUGAUCGCCCCCGGGAGUAUGCUGGAAGAGAGUUCAAGCUAGAGAGCACCACGGUGCCUUACUUACCUCCAUUCGAUCCGACUGGGGAGUCUCCUGCAAUGUUCGGAGAAAGGCCUCCAAUUAUGGUCGAUAGAGAUGCACUCGAAAGAGAUAACAACAGGCUUCGUAAAUCCUGUUCACUACGAACUUGGGAGUUCGCACCAGCUGCUCCAAGCCUUGGUGAAGUUGUUGAAUGGCUUGAAGAGGAAACACGUAAACGGAAGGAGGCUCAAAAGAACAGUGCUGCCGCAAAAAAGCCUGCAAACUCGUCUCUUUCCCAGGUAGAGGGGCCCACUCAAAAAGAUCGCCAUGGGUUCAAGUAUUUCCAGAAAAAGCCGGCGAGAAAAGUACGACAAGGGGCUCAAUAUAUGAGUGUCAUGAGCCUCGAGAUCCAUGUAAAUUCUCGUGGUACUCUUGUUCCGAAUCCCGAAGAAGAUGAAAUCUCCUGUAUUUUCUGGUGUGUGCAGGAUGGUGAUAAUGACGCUGACGACGAGGAUGAUGAGACCAGCGGCCUGGCUGUUGGGGUUAUAGCACUAGCGGAAAAUGAGAGUCUCGCUGCCAAAAUAUCACCCACCAUGGUCGCUGAGUUUGACGAAGAGACCAGUGAACUUGAUCUUUUAACCAAGCUUGUUGACGUGGUAAGACGAUGUGAUCCGGAUAUUUUGACAGGCUAUGAAGUGCACAAUAGUUCUUGGGGUUACCUUAUCGAAAGGGCUAGGUACAAGUAUGAUUAUGAUCUGUGUGAUGAACUAUCUAGGGUGAAAACCGACUCCCAUGGACGAAUUGGCAAGGAGAAUGAUCGCUGGGGUUUCAAUCACACGUCUUCCAUUCGUGUUACUGGCCGGCAUAUGAUCAACUUGUGGAGAGCCAUGCGUGGGGAGUUAAACCUGCUGCAAUACACCAUGGAGAAUGUUGCUUUCCAUCUCCUUCACCAACGCAUUCCGCAUUAUCACUACCAAGACUUGACUAAGUGGUUCCAGAGCCAGAGGCCUCGGGAUAUAGCAAAGGUUAUUAACUAUUUUGCCAGUCGGGUUCAGCUGAAUUUGAAAAUAAUCGACUCGAACGAGUUGAUUUCCAGGACUAGUGAGCAGGCUCGCAUCUUGGGUGUCGAUUUCUUUUCAGUUUUCUCGAGAGGAUCUCAAUUUAAAGUCGAAUCACUUAUGUUCCGAAUCGCUAAACCUGAGAAUCUCAUCCUCAUCUCCCCAGGCAGGAAACAAGUUGGUCAACAGAAUGCACUCGAAUGCCUGCCCCUGGUCAUGGAGCCUCAAAGUGACUUUUACACCAGCCCAGUUCUAGUGCUUGACUUUCAAUCACUCUAUCCAAGUAUCAUGAUCGCCUACAAUUACUGCUAUUCCACCUGCCUAGGUAGAGUGGUCGAGUGGCGGGGCCAGAAUAAACUAGGGUUUAUUGAUUUCAGGAGGCCUGCGGGCCUCCUUGAACUAUUCAAGGAUCAAAUUAACAUCUCCCCCAAUGGCAUGAUAUAUGUUAAGCAGGAUAUCCGCAAGUCAUUAUUGGCUAAAAUGUUGAUCGAAAUUCUAGAAACCAGAGUCAUGGUAAAGGGUGGUAUGAAAGCUUGGAAAGCUGAUAAGCACUUGCAGCGCUUGCUAAACAAUCGACAACUGGCAUUGAAACUCAUCGCCAACGUCACCUAUGGAUACACAUCUGCGUCGUUCUCUGGACGAAUGCCAUGCGCGGAAAUUGCAGACAGUAUUGUCCAGACAGCCCGGGAGACGCUAGAAAAAGCUAUCGCUAUGAUACAUUCUGUUGAACGUUGGAAUGCAGAGGUGGUGUAUGGAGAUACGGAUAGUGUCUUUGUUUGUCUUAAGGGGCGCACGAAAGAUGAGGCAUUUGAUAUUGGCGAAGAAAUCGCAAAGACCAUCACUAACUCCAAUCCUCGUCCGAUCAAACUUAAAUUCGAGAAAGUUUACCACCCAUGCGUGCUCUUGGCAAAGAAACGGUACGUAGGGUAUAAAUACGAGAAUCGAUCGCAGAAGGAACCCGAAUUUGACGCCAAGGGGAUUGAAACUGUCCGUCGCGAUGGGACACCUGCGGAGCAGAAAAUCGAGGAGAAGGUGCUGAGGAUUCUGUUCGAAACAGCCGAUCUGAGUCGAGUGAAGAGCUAUUUUCAGAAACAAUGUACCAAGAUCAUGAAGGGUAAGGUGUCAAUUCAGGACUUCUGCUUUGCCAAGGAAGUUAGAUUGGGGACGUAUAGCGAUAAAGGGAUGCCUCCUCCUGGAGCUCUCAUCAGUUCCAAAAGGAUGCUGGAAGAUCCGCGUACAGAAGCACAGUAUGGGGAGCGUGUCCCGUACGUCGUGAUAUCUGGCGCCCCCGGGGCGAGGCUUAUUGACCGAUGUGUACCUCCGGAAGUCCUCCUUCACGAUUCGCAGCUAGAGUUAGAUGCAGAAUACUACAUUUCCAAAAACUUAAUUCCGCCACUUGAACGGAUUUUCAAUCUCGUUGGCGCGAAUGUCCGGCAAUGGUACGACGAGAUGCCCAAGUACCAGCGUGUGCGACGUGUAGAAAGCGCAGAAGAAAAUGCCUCCGCAAGCAGGGAGGGGGUAUUCUCUGCAAAAAAGACGCUGGAAUCAUAUAUGAAAUCCUCGUCGUGCGUUGUCUGUCGGGAGAAAUUGGACGAGGGCGAGGAACAGAUUUGCAACGGUUGUCUGCGCGAUAGCCAUGUUUCGCUCCUCCACAUGCGGAAUAGGCUGAUGAAGGAGGAGAGGAGGGAUGUUUAUUUGCAGAAGAUCUGCCGCUCGUGCAUGGGCGCGUCGUGGGGGGAGGAGGUGAGAUGUGAUAGUAAAGACUGCCCUGUCUUCUAUACGCGGACAAGACAGGGGUCACAGUUGAGGAGUACGCGGACGGUUGUUGAGCCGGUUAUUAGGCUUCUUGAGGACCAGAGUGGGGAGGGUCCGCUUAGCUGGUGA